AUGCUGCGAUCCACCGCCGCUUUCAGGCCAUCGGCAGGCCCGCUCCUGCGCAAUGCCGCCCUGUCGCUCCGUCGCAACCUCUCCUCCUCGGCCGCCCUCCGAGCCGAGCGUGCCGCCCCGGGUGCUCUCAACAAGUACUCGAGGAUCAUCACCAAGCCCAAGGACCAGGGCGCCUCCCAGGCCAUGCUCUACGCCACCGAAGGCAUCGAGAACGACGAGGACCUCACCCGAGCCAUGGUCGGUAUCGGCUCCAUCUGGUACGAGGGCAACCCGUGCAACGCCCACCUGCUCGCCAUCAGCCAGCGCGUCAAAAAGUCGGUCCAGGAGGCAGGCCUCACCGGCUACCAGUUCGGCGCCGUCGGUGUCUCGGACGGCAUCUCCAUGGGAACCGACGCCAUGUCGUACUCGCUGCCCUCACGUGACCUCAUUGCCGACUCGGUCGAGUCCGCCUGCGGUGGCCACUGGCUCGACGGCGCCGUCGUCAUCCCCGGCUGUGACAAGAACAUGCCUGGCGUGCUCAUGGCGCUCGGCCGUCUCAACCGUCCCGGUAUCAUGCUGUACGGAGGCACCAUCCGUCCCGGUGGUUGUGCCAGCGUAAGCGGUACCCUCGACAUCGUCUCCGCCUUCCAGUCCUACGGCCAGUACCUCGCCAACGGCGGCACGCCCGACGCCGAGAAGAUCCGCUACGACACGGUGCGCAACGCCUGCCCCGGCCCGGGCGCCUGCGGUGGCAUGUACACCGCCAACACCAUGGCCUCGUGUGCCGAGGCGCUCGGCAUGACGCUUCCCGGCAGCUCGUCCUUCCCCGCCGAGUAUCCCGAGAAGAUCGCCGAGGCCGAGUCGAUGGGUGCCGCCAUGCGCCUCAUCCUCGAGCAGGACAUCAAGCCGCGCGACAUCAUGACGCGCGGCGCAUUCGAGGACGCCAUCGCGCUCACCAUGGUGCUCGGCGGCUCCACCAACGCCGUGCUCCACCUCAUCGCCGUCGCGCACUCGGUGGGCAUCAAGCUCGACAUUGACGAGUUCCAGCGCAUCGCCGACGCCACGCCCUUCCUCGCUAACCUCAAGCCCUCGGGCGCGUACGUCAUGGAGGACGUGCACUCCAAGCUCGGCGGCAUCCCCACCGUCAUCCAGUACUGCAUCGAGAACAAGCUGAUGAAGGGCGAGCACAUGACCGUCACCGGCCGUACGCUCGCCGAGAAUGUCGACCGCUGGACGCACGCGCGCGGCAAGCUGCCCGCUGGCCAGGACGUGCUUCGUCCUGUGGACAAGCCGCUCAAGUCUACGGGUCACAUUCGCAUUCUCAAGGGCAACCUGGCGCCCGGAGGAGCCGUGGCCAAGAUCACGGGCAAGGAGGGUCUGAGCUUCACGGGCAAGGCGCGCGUCUUCGACACCGAGGAUGCCAUGGUCGCUGCCGUCGAGCAGGGCGAGAUCAAGAAGGGCGAAAAGACGGUGAUCGUGCUGCGCUACAAGGGACCCAAGGGCGGUCCGGGCAUGCCCGAGAUGCUCAAGCCCACCAGUCUCAUCAUGGGCGCCGGUCUGGGCCAGGACGUCGCCUGCUUGACGGAUGGCAGGUUCUCUGGUGGCAGCCACGGCUUUGUGAUUGGUCAUGUGGUGCCCGAGGCGCAGGUGGGUGGACCUAUCGGUCUGGUGCACGACGGCGACGUGAUCAGCAUCGACGCAGAGACCAACACGCUCGAGCUUGUCGGCGUCUCGGAAGCCGAGCUGGAAAAGCGCCGCGCUGCCUGGAAGCCGCUGCCGCUCAAGCCCAAGUCGGGCCACCUGCUCAAGUUUGUGCGCAACGUCGCCGACGCCUCGCACGGCUGCAUCACCGAUCUGUAG